AUGGCGCUACGCUCAAAUAUCCUCAGGGCGGCAGCUGGCCUGCGCCUUGCACCGCGUGUUUUUAUCAAAAGGAGGACAUUCACAUCGUCGGUAUCUCGGCUCGAGCAACAGACGCAGAACCCGAGUUCAUUCAAAGAAGGGAUGUCCGCAUUCCGUCCCUUUGGAGCCCCGUUUAUAAAGGUCUUCCUAGGAGCAAUCUUUUCAUAUCAACUCAUCUACUUUACGUGGAUGAAACUGGAGACAUGGGAGAAUAAGAAGUUGAAGAAUGAGGAGAUGCAAGCAUUGGAAAAAAAGGCCAAGGAGUUGGCAGCAAGUGCGAAAUGA